AUGUUCAGCCGCAGUGUCAACAAAUCAAAAACCGAGAGCUUCUCCAGAAGCAGUCGACGCGGCAUCAAGAAGUCCUCAUUUCGGGACCACGCCGUGUCGAAGAACAGAUCAGAGAGGUCCACAAUCCGCAGACCUCCAACCGAAGAAGCAAACCCGAUGGGCAGUACCCUCACAUCCCCUAUCAUCACCAUCGUCGUCGGCCGUGAACAACGCCUUUUCGCCGCCCAUGAAGACGUCCUCUGCACCUCCCCCUUCUUCCAAGCCGCCUGUCGUGGCCAGUUCAUGGAAGCGAGCACCAAACGCAUCUUUCUGCCCGACGAAGAACCCGAGAUCUUCUCCUCGGUGCUCGAGUACCUGUACAAAGGCGACUACUACCCGAAACUCGUACACAACAAGCGGAAGAACACUUGGGAUUUGGAGAUGGUCGGUGGACAGGGCAGUGUGGAGAGCACCGUCUAUCAUCAUAGUGUAGAUGGGGAGCUGUUGAAAGAUACGUUGAUCUACUGCACAGCAGAGAAGUUUGGGUUGGAUGAGUUGAAGCGGGUGGCGCUGAGGAAGCAGGGUUUGCAAUCCGGCAUCCAAUGCUCCACUAUCCUCAACUCCGCCCGGUACGCCUACGCCAACACGCCCGACACCGACUCCAAACUCCGCGCUCACUACCUCGCUCUAAUCAUUCGCUCGCGCGGCACCUUCAAGCGCAGUGGCACCAUGCAGAUGGAGAUGCAGGCUGGGGGGUCUCCGCUGUUCUUUGACUUGUUCGUCGCGCUGUGUAACCACGUUGACGACGUUGCUAGUGUCGUGGAAUCACCACGCAGUGCCCGGACUCACUACUAA